GACUUGUCUGGCGGUCAGUGAACGCAGCAUCACACCCUCAUUCUUCCCCAACAUCCGGGAUCUUUGGAGCUAGCCAGCGUGUGGAAACUGGGUGAGGAGGGCAGCGGAGAGCGGCAGGAAGGCGGAUUGAUGACAGCUGUCAGUGAGGACAAAAACAUUACCAAUCUCCGAAGGGAAGCCGAAUGGAUCUCCCCUGAACGUCCAGGAUAAAAGGGACAACGCCUGGGCUGCGUCGCGGGUGGUUGAAAGGUGUCGCGGAGGCGUUCACAUACAGCCGUUUUCUGGACUUCUACAUCAUUGGUGGAACAGCGGUCGCAGAGGCAACAUGGGGACACAAGGCUCUGGUAGAAAGCGUGCCCCCUUGAAAGAUCGGUUCUCCGCAGAGGACGAGGCCUUGAGUAGCAUUGCUCGAGAGGCGGAGGCGAGGCUGGCAGCGAAGAGGGCGGCUCGGGCGGAGGCCAGGGACAUUCGAAUGAGGGAACUUGAACGGCAGCAGAAAGAGCAUUCUUACCACUCAUCUGGCAGUGGCAACAGAAAAUGGGGUCAGAUCCACCAGUGGAUGGCUGACGCAGAAAAAGCCAGAACCUCAAGUAGUAGUAGGUCGAGCAGUCGUCAACGCCGGGGGCUGGAUGAUGAUGUCAUGUCAGUCCGCAGCUACAGGUCAACUUCAUCAGCAAUACGUGACUUGGGUUCUAGUAAAAGUCGGUCCAGUCCUCGUAGAAAAGAUGCCCUGUCUGACAGCCUCUACACUAGCUCUGCCCUCAAGAGUUCCCGCUCCACUAGUUCUGUGUACAAUGACCUUCAUGGCAAUAAAAAGGCUUCAUCCAGCUCUUCGAGGAAGGAUCUGCUGACUGGUCUGUACCAUGAUCAAAGGAACUACACGAGCUUAACGAAGAGCAAACCUCCGCCGUCCACUUCCACCUAUCAGCCUCCGUCCUCCACUUCCGCCUACCAGCCUCGGGCCACCGCUUCCUCGUCCUCCACCGCUGGUACGGGGCUGUCCCGCAGCCACAGCAUGGCCUCUAUUUAUGAUGACACUGGUCUUUACGGCUCGGGCAACAGUUCAAGAGCUCCCUCUGAAUACAGCUGGUACUCCUCCGGAGCCAGUUCAACUCGCAGCAGCCCUGCGUCUUCCUCAGAUGAUGACACUGUCAGCAGCGUGUCCCAGGAACGCUUCAGCAGAGGCCGCAGGGACAGUGUGUCAUCAGACUUCUCAGACAUUAGCGAGUCCGCUGCUGAUUAUUUCAGCCGCUCCAACCGAAGGGGCAGUAUUGUGUCUGACCUCGAUGAUUUGAGCAUUCCCGACCUGGACGCUCUGGAUGAGAAAUGUGACAAGCAGUUUCCAGAUUAUAGUCGGCCGUCUUCCCGCUGUGCCACCCCAGGCCUCUCGCCAGCCACCCUGGCAUCGCUGGGUGGCACCUCAUCGCGGCGCGGCAGCACGGACACUGGUAGCGUGUACGACCCCGAUACCAGUCUGAGUGAGCUUAGGGAUAUCUAUGAACUAAAGGACCAGAUUCAGGAUGUAGAAGGGCGAUACAUGCAGGGGCUUAAAGAGCUGAAGGAGUCACUUGCAGAGGUGGAGGAGAAGUAUAAGAAAGCCAUGGUAUCGAACGCACAGCUGGACAACGACAAAGCCAACCUCAUCUAUCAGGUGGACACGCUAAAGGACGUCAUAGAGGAGAUGGAGGAACAGACGGCGGAGAUGAAGAGGGAGCUGGAAGAAAAGUCAAAGGAACUCGAAAGGCAAAAGCACACUUGUACAGUCCUGCAGCACAAACAAGAAGAACUGAAGGAGGGAAUCCGCCAGAGAGAUGAGCUUAUAGAGGAGAGCCAGCGAAUGCAGACUAAGUUAGAUGCCCUCACCAGAGAGGUGUUUGACCUGCAGGAAACUAUAAACUGGAAGGACAAAAAGAUUGGGGCCCUAGAGAGGCAGAAAGAGUACUUUGAUUGCAUUAGGAAUGAGAGAGAUGAGCUCAGAGAUGAGCUCGCUGACAUCAAGGAGAAGGCCAAAGCAGGAGAGAAACACGGGCUGGUCAUCAUCCCAGAUGGCACGACAAACGGAGACGUCAACCACGAGCCCAUGUCCUCGGGGAUCACUGUGGUCUCACACGAGGCCGCCCAGGUGCUGGAGUCUGCAGGAGAGGGCCCGCUGGAUGUCAGGCUACGGAAGUUGGCAGAGGAGAAGGAUGAACUGUUGGCUCAGAUCAGGAAGCUGAAGAAUCAACUGGAGGAGGAGAGACAGAAGCACUCAAAGGUGGACAGUGCAUACACGGAUGGGGAGAGGAUGGAGAACGGUACCGACCUGCACUUUAUUGAGCUGCAGAGAGAUGCCAACAGACAGAUAAGUGAAUACAAGUUCAAGCUUUCAAAGGCGGAACAGGAAAUGGGUACAAUGGAGCAAAAUAUUAAUAGACUUGAAGGGCAAGUGUCCAGGUACAAGUCAUCAGCGGAUAACUCUGAGAAAAUAGAAGAUGAACUCAAAGCAGAAAAACGGAAACUUCAAAGAGAGCUGCGCACGGCUCUCGACAAGAUAGAGGAGAUGGAGAUGACCAACAAUCACCUAGUAAAGCGGCUUGAGAAGAUGAAGGCCAACAGGAACGCCCUUCUGUCGCAGCAGUGAAGCAAGGCAGCGUCACCACAGAAGCCCUUAAACUCGCACCUCAGACCUCUGACUGCCAUAUUGCAUCUGGAGCACAUUUCCAUUUUCAGCUGUAACACUUUAAGAUUUGUAGCUAACCAAAAACACACACACACACAAAAGAUGAACUCUGUCUGUUUUCUGUUAAAAACCAGAAGUGUUGUUUUUUUUAUCUGGCAAGCUGCCGGUGUUUUGGGAGGAAUGAAAUGUAAUACAACUUUAAUAUUGCUGGGAGAUACAACUGAGGAAAAUUCUCUAGUCACUACUUAAUUUUUCAGAACUUUGUACUACAUCGUGUUAUCCAUGAGAUUUCCCUCUUGACUGGGUGCUUGGCUGUACUGUUUUGUUUAUUCUUUUUUUUCUGUUUGUUUUUGAUAAGUUGCAUGAAUGAGUAUAAUGAUGCUUUUAAACUAUCCAACCCUCACAGCUGCUCCAGCCCUGCACCUUCUCUGCUUCCCCUCACACAGUGAAGUGCCUUUUCACACCAGGAGACGGGGGGUCCGCACCGCGCAAUGAAACAAUAAUAGUUUUAACAGGUACAGAAAUUAUGUAAUUAAAUAGGUGCAUUCAAUUUUUGAAAAUUAUAUAGAACCAACUUUGUCUGCUGCGGUUUCAUUGAAUUUUUUUGUUGUUUUUUUUUCAAAUAUUUAAAAGAUUUCUUGAAAAUAAAUGUGUAAUUUACAGAGCUGUGUAAAUAAUAUCAAUCUUUUCUUUGCCUUUUCCUGAUGCAGUUUUUUGAUCUGCAUUGUUUAAACAUGGUGUGAAUGUUGUUCAUUUGUAGCCUUGGUAGUUUUCUAUAAAACUAUAAAUACCCAAUGAUAUUCGAGAAUAUUUAAUAUCACUUAGUCACAGUUUUGAAUCAGUGGGAAAUUUGUAUUUUGCUUUUUCAAUACUCGACUCUGGUUUCCGGAUUAGUUUUUCUGUGGCUGAGGUACAGCAUGAAUCAUGGAAAGUUUUCCUCCACCAACUGAAGUUUCCAUACUUGUUACAAACCUGUAAUUGUCCAUAAGGUAUUUGCAAGUUUUUCUUCAGGCUGCGCUGUGAUGCCUCCACACUGCACACGCCUCAGAGUGACGGGGGGGGGGAAAGUAUAGGUAAUAAAAACCAAUCUCGUGCUGGCACA